AUGAAAUUACUGAACAAGACUUUGGCUCUCAUGGAAGAACCACGGAUUACUCAACUUACUGUAAACGACUUCAAGGAAUUGUUGGGCGGUAAUCCAUUUGACAUCCACGUUAAACAUCAAAAAGACGAACGGUUGGAACGACUACCCGUCCUCAUCACAACCAACAAUCCUUUAACGUACUAUGUGAUGGACGCUGACGGGAAAGCCAUUUUGGAG